GAGAGUUGACGGUCUUUCUCUCGCUGUUAAUUUUGCAUGGCCGUCCAUACCUCCACACUUGCCGCUCAUUGAUGGAGGAAAACAAAAUGAGCAUUGAGGGGAACUCGCCAUGAAGGUGUGUCAAAUUCCUCUUCAUGUUAAAGGCGAGUUCCCUGGCAGGAAUCAGUCCCAGAUCGUUUCCACCGGCGUGGAAAACCACAAUGUCAGGGGGAUUCUUGUGUGUGGACAAGGCAGCGUAAAAAGUGGGAAGGGCUUUACACCAGCGAAGGCCUCCUUUUCCAAACCAUUCCACUCUGGCGUUAAGUCCAAAGUUCUCCCCAAACAUCUUCAGCGCUGCUUUUUCUCCAUGCUCAAUAUAACUGGACCCGAUCAUCCAUAUCUUGAUUUCUUGUUUUGUGUCUUUACUGUCCUCCUUCCUUGUGCCGUUCUCUGUCCGUGUCUGUGACUGGGCUUGUUUCACAGGAGAAGGAUGUUGUUUGGAGGUGCUUGGUUUCUCCUCUUCCCUGUUGAGCCUCUUCAGGACAGAUCUUUCGAUGUAGAUCUUCCUCCUCUUUCUGUCUGGGGAGGGGAACUCACAUCUUUUUCUGCUGCACUUUAUAACGUCACUGUGCGGCCUCUUCAGGUCAGAUCUUUCAUCACGUAGCGGCCUCAUCAGGACAGAUCUUUCAUCACUGGGCAGCCUCUUCAGGACAGAUGUUUGGAUGCAGAUCUUCCUCCUCUUUCUCUCUGGGGAGGGGAACUCACAUCUUUUUCGGCUGCACUUCGAAACCUCACUGUACGGCCUCUUCAGGAGAGAUCUUUCUUCGUAGCUCUUCAUCCUCUUGGUUUUUGGGGAGCUUCUUCCUGGGCCUUCUUGGGUUUCUCGUCUGUAGAGACUUGAUGUGAGCCUGAAGUUCUUCUUCUCAGACUUCACGUCUUCUUUUCGCCUUCUUUCGAAGAGCUGGUGUGAUGCCAGGCUCUCUGACAGUGGGAUAAGAUAAGAUAAGAAAUUUACUUGUUAGGCAGCUCACAAGCAAAACAGGAAAAAAGAAUAAAGUGCAGAAAAACAAGAAGUGUGCAUGCAAUUCAAGUACAAGAAAAUGUGCAAAAAGUAGUGUACUUACAAUGUUAGAAAGCUCUUGGUCUUCUUCUACUCUUCCACUGUUCUGGGAAAGUUGCUUUGUUCACAGGUGGUUUUUCAAAAUCUCUCAGUUAAGACUGUUGGAAAUUCUCACAACUAAUGCCAAACUGAUGGGUCUUUGGUUCUGCAAGCAAGAACGAAAGUGAACUGACGAGGUAAAGAGUGUGGAAUUUAAAGACCUGGGUGAGUUCCGGAAUGUCCUGUGAUCUCAGUGCUUUGUGACAUCACUCAGUCAUAGGGACCAAUCAGUGAAUGGGACAGUGAGUGGCACAAACUCACCUAAACAGUACAUGAAGCAGAACACAAGACUUUUUUUCUUUGGUAAACAUUUGUGGCCUGUGUGCUGUUUUCAGAAUCCAGUCCAGAAAACAUGAAGUUUCCUUCUCACUACAACUAACAACAACAAAAACACAGACAACAAAGUUGUGUCUGAUACGGUCAUUUUUAUGAUCAUAACCAAAGUUAUGUGAAUCUUUGCAGUGUGACCAUCUCACAUAAAGGCCUUUAUGUAUCUUAUGUACAUUCUCUUUUUCAUUUUGGUUUGAACAUUAUCCUCAAUAAGUCUGUCUUUUGUCUCUUGUCAUGUCGUGCGAGCAAGAAAAAAAAAAGACUGACUGGAGCGCAGUUUAAGUUUAGACAUUGUGAAGCUACAAUCAUACGCACUAUGGAGAACGUCACCUUGAUUACAGCUUCAGUUAACUGCAGCUCUAGCUGGAUCUCUGUCUCAGUUUUGUAGUGUCAGACUGUGGAGGUUCAGUGUGGUCAAGAAGCCACAGUGCUGAUCUCCAACAUCUCCGAAGAGGAAUCUUAGACGUCCUGGUUCUUACUGGUCACCAGAACAAAGGCCAGCUGUGUCUCAGCUCUCAGAGCAAUCUUUAAUACUGUGGUGGAUCUCUAACUGGGUAUCAGCUGAUGCUUGUUGAGAACUGUGUGAUCUGUGAGUGGAAAUAUCUGACUCUGGAAUGGCAGACAUACAAUUUACAGUGUGCUCCAUUUAAAUGUUGAAGAUAACAUUAUUAUAAAUCGUCUGGUAUCUAUUCCUAUGUUUUUUUCUUUCUUCUUUCUUUAAUAAAUAUACUGAACACCUCUUGAUCUGUGAGCAUCCUGUUAGUGCUGAAUCUCAAACUGUUUCACUGAUCCCUCCUCAAAAGUCACACUUUACAGAUUCUAUACUCACUCAAACUCACAUCACUACGUUUGUGUGAAAAGAUGUCUGUAGCAAGGUGACACAGCCUCAUAUCAAAGCUCUGACACUACUACUAAAGGCUGCACAUUUUAAUCACACUACAGAUCAGGUCAAACCCACAGCAGGUGAAGGUCCCAUCCAUCUCCACUGCCUCAUUUGUAUUUGAACCUACUAAGCUCUGCAAACAUGAAUCAAAUCUUUAUCACUGUCCAGGUAAGAUUUCAAACUCUAUCACUGAUAUAAUCAUUUCAUCAAUUUCUACUGAGUGCACAUUAUAAUCAAGCAAAGACUGUACCAGUGAACAUUUUCUUUGUAAGAUACAAAAUUUUCUUAACUUUAACCCUAAGCUCUCAUUUCUUCCACGCAAAAGUCUGUGUCAUGCUACCAAUUCUACCCGUACUUCUGCUUUAUCACACAAGAUAAGACAUUUGUCCUGUUCUUCUUUCAGCUCUUAUUUUGCAUCAGUUUUAUGAGAGAAUUUCUUUUCUCAUUCGAUGAAACCAGAUCAACAGAAGAACACCCCGCCUCUUUAAACUGAGACCACUGUGACUGGAGCACAGUUCAGUUUCUAACAUUACAGUGGUGCAGUCCUACUGUACGCACAGCGAUGAACCUUACCUCGGUAACAGCUUUACUCUGCGCCUUCAGCUGGAUCUCUGUCUCAGUUUCUCAGUUUCACACUGUGGAGGUCCAGUCUGGAGAAGAAGUCACACUGAUGUGCACCAACUUCACCGAUAUUGUCACUCACACAUGCUGGUUCAUACUGGGUAAUAAACCCAACGCCAGCUACAUCUCCUCCAUGUACAGCUCUGAAAGCAAUACUUUGUACUAUGAUGGAUUUCAAAAUGGAAAAUUCAGUAUGAGCUCCAACACCACUACCCUCUUUCUCAAGAUCAAACCAGUGGAUUUAUCUGACUCUGGACUCUAUUUCUGUGGAUUCUACUUUAAGGGAAAGCCAGUUAUUUUCACUGCAACAUAUUUAAAAGUUCAAGAGUCUGAAGAACAAACAGAUCUGACGAGUUUGAUCCUGGCUGGUCUGAUUAUUGUCCUCAUUCUAAUCAUCAUUGUUCUGGUUUUCAUAAUCAGGAAACUUCAUACAGCUCAUAAAGAGGGACAGAAUCCACAACACAGUGAGAAUCCAGGCUCUAAUGACCUGAACUAUGCUGCGCUGAAUUUCCCUCCAAAAGCAAAAAGAAACCAAAGACCUGUGUCAGAGAGAAAGAUGGAGCCAAAUGUCGUGUACGCUGCCACCAGAUAGACUCAGGAAACCACUGGAACAGCAGCUCAGAGUGGAGCUGAUGCUUUGUCACCUCAAUAUGUUAUUUUGGGUUUUGUGUAGUUGGGGGAUGGGAUGAGUGACCAUCACUGUCAAACAUUUUGGAAUAAAGUCUCUAUGUUCA